CGAACGGGCGCUGUUGUGGGACAGUGACAGCUCCAAUGGCGGUCGGUGAUGCGCGAGCCCAAUGGAUAGUGGCGCCUUGACCUGCUUUCAAUCCGGCGCGCAGGAAUGGAUCAAUGCAGUUGUGAUACAGGGCCGGAGUCCAUGCAAUCGAGGGAGCAUUCCAGGAGCGCGCACACUCAUCAUUGUAGACGCAAUGAAGGCCCUAGCAUUCGGUGCUUCCCAUGCUGCCGGAGGCGAGCUGUAGGUGCAAGGCGGCGAGGGGGCAGCCGAGACACGGCUACUAUCAGAGAAGGCACGAAGGCACGUCGGGGAGCUCUUGCAGCAGAGAGCAGGUAGGGCAGGGCCGACGAGUGAGCGAGGUAAGAGCGGGCAGGCAGGCUCUAGCAAGCUCUGGCAGGCGCUCUCUCGUAAGGCAGGCGCGAGGAGCUAGAGGGGGGGGGAGGGGAGGGCGAGAGCCGGAGACGCAGAGCCUGAUGCUGUGGUACGGUGCUGCUGAGGGCUGCGUGUCUCUUCUGUGUGUAGAGGAGAGGCCGAGGAAAUGGGCCGGGCGAAAUCUAAGCGCACAGCGGAGAUGCUGCAGCGGGACCGCACUGUUUGAUAGCCGCAGGGUUUGCUGCCGAGAUGGGGGAGAUUUGCACGUACACGAUGAGCCUCGCUCGAUGUGUCUGUGGUGGUGAGUGCGCGCAGCUCCUGGCGUAGCCCCGCAAUUGAUG